CCUGGUUGGUCCCGCCCCCAAGCGGAGGGCGCUUCCGGCGGAAGGAGGGGCGGCGGCGCGCAAGAUGGUGGCGGGUGGGCUGUGCAUCUGCGGGCUGUUCAGAUUCCUGUGUUCGUUGUUAAUCCCUGCAUUGUUUCUAAGUGGAGUUCUGUGCACCUGCUUGGCCGUCCUGCUGUGUGGAAUAAGGCUCUGGAUACAAGGAAGGAGAAAGCAGCAGAACCUGGCAGGAAGGGAUGGGAGGCAGCCACUGCUGGUUGCGUUUUUUCAUCCCUAUUGCAACGCAGGUGGUGGAGGAGAGAGAGUCUUGUGGUGUGCCAUAAGAACGCUCCAGAAAAAGUACAAGAAUGUAAUGUGUGUUGUUUACACUGGUGAUAGAGAUGCCACUGAAGAAGACAUAGUAGAAGGUGCUUUCAGAAGGUUCAACAUUAAAUUAACUCAUCCUGUGAAGUUUGUAUUUCUGGAAAAACGCUAUCUUGUGGAAGCUUCUCUUUAUCCUCGCUUCACUUUGCUGGGACAAAGUUUAGGCUCCGUGUUUCUCGGUUGGGAAGCUCUUCUCAAGUGUGUUCCAGAUAUUUACAUUGACUCGAUGGGUUAUGCUUUUACGCUGCCCCUCUUUAAAUAUUUAGGAGGUUGUCGUGUUGGAUGCUAUGUCCAUUAUCCCACCAUCAGCACCGAUAUGCUUUCUGUUGUUAGGAAUCAGGAUACCAGGUUUAACAAUGCGGCUUUCAUUACAAACAAUCCUCUCUUCAGCAAACUGAAACUUGUCUACUACUACUUGUUUGCCUUCAUGUACGGAUCGGUGGGUUACUGCAGCGACGUGGUUAUGGUCAAUUCUUCCUGGACACUAAAUCACAUUCUUUCCCUCUGGAGAACUGGGGCUUGCACUAGCAUUGUGUAUCCACCAUGUGAUGUUCAGUCCUUCCUGGAUAUCCCACUGGAAGAGGAAAAGAACAGUGCUGAAUAUUCUAUUGUUUCUGUCAGCCAAUUCAGGCCUGAAAAAGAUCAUCCUUUGCAAAUCCGAGCCUUUGCUAAGUUGCUGAAAGAGAAGAGACUGAGGCAGCAGCUCUCAUUGAAGCUUAUUUUAAUUGGAGGCUGUCGGAACCAGCAAGAUGAAGACCGUGUGAAUAACCUUAAAUGUCUUUGUGAAGAGCUUGGAGUUAGUAACAGUGUGAUGUUCAGAAUAAAUAUUCCCUUUGAGGAGUUAAAGAAACACCUGGCCGAGGCCACCAUUGGCCUGCAUACAAUGUGGAAUGAGCACUUUGGCAUCGGAGUGGUUGAAUGCAUGGCAGCUGGCACAGUUAUCCUGGCUCACAAUUCCGGUGGCCCCAAACUGGAUAUUGUGGUACCCUAUGAAGGACGUAUGACAGGCUUCCUAGCAGAGAACGAGGACAGUUACGCCGAGACAAUGGCUCACAUCUUUUCCAUGUCUCCUGAAGAAAGGUUAGAGAUCAGAGAAAGUGCUCGCCAGUCUGUGUGCAGGUUUUCUGACCAGCGUUUUGAAGAGACAUUCCUCUUAUCUGUGGAGCCCUUAUUUAAAUGAAUGUGAACAAAAAUGCAUAGGAAUAAAACUCGCUGUGUUGGACCCCGUGUCACCUGUAAAUACGUGUAAUUUAUGGUCCCUUGCUCCCAUUCAAUAAAGAGAUCUUUCUUUUUUCUGUCGGUAUGUGUUUUAUGUAAUAGAGAGAGUUUACUGGGAAAUAAAUACUCUCUUGUAUUUCUGAUGAAAAUUCUA